GCAGAAUCCCGAAUAGCUUUCUACUCCCUAUAUUGGGUCACUAUUAUAGGACAACUAGUAACGUCUCCUGCAGCCUAGGUAGUGCACUAAAUGUAGUGCAGAAACACAUUUUGGGAUUGAACGCCAGCUAACGUGCCGCUACAUUUAGUAUGAACCCAAAACAUUAAAAAGUACUGGUAUAAGUGAGAGAAUUUAGUCAUCUAUAGUACGGAUAACUAGUAUAUAGCUAUUUAUCUCUUUAUUUUCUUUUAUUUAUGCAGUAUUGUUUUGGUAUUAUUAUUAUUAUUAGUGUUUUUUUCUAUUUAAAUUGAGUUUUAUUAUUUAUUUAUUUAUUAUUACUAUUAUUAUUAUUAUUAUUUUUUUUCCCCCUGCAAAUCUACUGCCCACACUCCAGUCCAGUAGGUGGCGGUAAUGCACCUUUAGUGGUUUGCCAACCGCCAUUAAAAACAAGAAGAAGAAGAAGAAGAACCCAAAACAUGUUGUUAGCUGCCAUUUGUGCAGGUUCCCCAUAGUUAUUAACUGAAACUAUGAGCGAAAUAAACGUAGCCGUUUUUAAAAAGACUAUGGAGAAUUAGGUGUCUUGUUUAAAAUGGCGCUUGCGGCGUUACAAAGCAUGAGUGUGGUUUAUCGGAGGAUUCUGUCCCAGUUUCCACAAGACAUUAGCUUAGCUUUUGCUUAUGGAUCUGGAGUGUUUACACAGGCUGGGACCAGUCAAGGUCAGAUGCGGAGCAACAUGCUGGACUUUGUGUUUGCUGUGGAUGACCCCAUCACAUGGCACACCAUGAACUUAAUCGAAAACAGGAAACACUACUCUUUUCUAAAAUAUCUUGGUCCAAAACACAUCAGCAGCAUUCAGAAUGAGUAUGGAGCCGGCGUGUACUACAACACCCUGGUGCCCUUGGAGGACAGGCUGAUCAAGUACGGUGUCGUCAGCACGGAUACCCUGAUAGACGACUUGCUUCACUGGAAAACCAUGUACAUAGCAGGCAGACUGCACAAACCUGUGCGAAUCCUGGUGCAGAAGGAGAACGCGAAGCUGCGAGCCGCGCUGGUGGCGAAUCUGAAGAGUGCACUGAUCACCUCCUUCCUCAUGCUUCCAGAGAGUUUCUCAGAGGAGGAGCUGUUCCUCAACAUCGCUGGACUCUCCUACUCCGGGGAUUUCAGGAUGGUGAUCGGCGAAGAUAAAUCCAAAGUUUCCAACAUCGUGAAGGACAACAUGGAGCACUUCCGGAUCUUGUAUAAUAAUAUUCUCCAAGAAUGUCCACAGGUGGUUUACAAGCCUCAGCAGGGGAAGCUGGAGGUGGAUAAGAGUCCAGAGGGCCAGUUUACUCAGCUGAUGGCUCUGCCUCACACUCUACAGCAGCAGAUCACACGGCUGGUGGAUCCUCCGGGCAAGAACCGUGACGUGGAGGAGAUCCUGCUGCAGCUCGCUCAUGACCCUGACUGCAGCCUGCUCGUACAGCAAGAUAAACAGCUUUGCCAUAUGUCCAUGACCAAGCAAGCCGGUUUGGUGAAACAGGGCAAGGUUUUUCCAGAAACCUCACCCUACUUUCCUCUUUGUCAUCGGUCUGGUGAGCGACCGGUAGGAGUGUCUGAUAGUUUACAGGUUUCAAAACACUAAACCUAUUAACCUUGUAAACAAAAACAAACCGAUUUUAAAUGUGUUAAUCUACAACCUGGUGUUCUUUUUAAAGCUUUUAUAGCUACUUUUCCUGUUUCCUGUUUUCCUGUUGUUCCCUCAGCAGCCUCUCUUUAUUUUCUCUCUCUCUCUCUCUAUCGAAGUUAAUUAGACAAAAAACGCAGCUUGACCUGUCACUGAGAUACCAGAAUAAACUACUCGGUCCUGAAGACUCUCCUGAGGUGGAAAAUUGAGACUAUUCCAAGCUUCUGACACUGGAGACUCCUUCCUUAAAUGUUAUAUAAACAUCUCCUUAUACAAAACUUCACUAUAAAAUGAGUAUAAGCAUUUCUUUGUAAAUAACACCACAUUUUUAAAAUUUUUUACAUUUUUUUUAUUAGGCUUUAUUAGGUUAUCAGGAGCGUCUGCCGUACAAGUCCAGGUGAACGAGCUGUUACUAUAGAAACGAUAACGUAUCAGAACGAGUGCGUGAAUAUAACUACAUGCGUUUCUCUUUGAAGGUAUCUCAACAAUAGUGAAAACCUCCAGUAUAACACAAA